UUACAGAUAAUCCCUAUUAUUUUUACAAUGAUCCCAAAUCGCCACGUACCCCGGACUCACAAAGUUCCAAUAAAGGUUUUUCCAUAUUCAAAAGACGUAAUUCCAAAGGCAGUAGUCCCCGUUUACCCAUGCCCGAACAAACACGUUUAAUUACAUCGGCCAAUUUGGAUACAACAGCCUCUUUGACAUUAGGCAGCCCUAGAGCCAGUUUUGGUUUUACACAUCAAUCUUUUGAACUGCAACCAUUGAUGUCGCAACAUCAACAGUCGGCGGCACAUUUACAAACACAAAUCACUGCUUCGUUACACCAAAGACGUCAACGUUCCUCUAAUUCACAUUCGGAAACAUUUCGCGAUCGUUUAGGUUCCUGUAAUGAAACAUCACAACACAGUUUCGAACAUGAUGAUGUUUUCAACACGACAUCAUCGCCUAGCAAAACUCAUCAUAAUCAACAGCAUCAUACAUUACCCUCAACAGGCGUAAGACGUCAUUCUUUUGGCAAUUGGCGUCAGGCUAGUGAACGUCAUGGUUCUCAUAAGAAUAGCUCUGCUACUCUAACAGCCAAUGAUGAAGUGCCUCAAAUGAUGGCACCCAGACCACCAGUAUUAUCACCCAAUAAAUACAGAGGUGCUCAUAGGCGAAGAGACAACUGUGGCACCAUGAGCAACAGCAUGACCAGCUCUACAGGUUCUUACAACAUGGAUGAUAUUCUAAUAGUGACAGCCAAACACAGUGAAAGAGCAAUACUAAGGGCAAAUUUUCUAAAAAAUCAUUUCGAUAAAAUAACCAAACAACGUGGACGCAAACCUUUCAACUUUUUGCACAUCAAAAUCGAAGAUGGUCCCUUUAGUGAUGAGAUCGCUUAUAAAUAUCAAAACACUGCCUUGCAAAUUAUCAUUUUAUGUCCCGCUCUUUUGGCUUUAUCACACUCUCUUUUGAUGUCUCAGCUAUUGAGUAUAGUAAGAGUUGAAAAGGUUUUGGGCAUUUUACUCGAUGUUACUGAAGAAAAAGUUAAAGAAAUUCAUAAAACUGCUCUUCCCAAUUACUUAAGAUGGCGUCGUUGUGUUAUACGCGAUAAUGAUCAAGCUCAGAUUAGUAAUAUUUUGGGUAUAGCUACAGAUAUAUUGGGUCGUGCCUUGUGUCAACGUCCCGUUUGUCAUGAUUCGGGUUCGGGUAUAUCACGUAGUUUCUCUUCAUGUUCGGAUGGUUUUACCAUUUUACCCAAGAAAGUAAAGAUUGGCCAGAAUAAAGUAGUGGCCAUGUUAAAUGAUCCCUUGGAAAAGGAUGAUGUUCUAAAGAUUGUUGUGGAAAAAUCAGGGGAAUUGAUAGAGAUAAGAAAUUUCAAAUGUCGUAAUCCCUAUACGGUGCAGUUUGCUAUACCAGAAUCCUGCAUGGAAAUUUCCACUAUGGUUGAAAUACGUUUGGAAAAGAAUCAGAAAUCCCUAGGAGCCCGACCCAUUAAAUGUGAAUCACGUUUACGCGAAUUGGAACAACUGCUACGCUCCGAAGAUUCUCCCAUAGAAUUCAUGUGUCAUGCUUUAGGUAUUGGACCUACCGAAAAGGAAGAUUUAGAUGUUCAUCUUUUGCAGUGUUUCCAAAAGAAUAUGCCACCCAAUUUCCAUCUACUCAAUGGACCCUAUGAACAGAAACAAAAUCAAUUCUUAAGCCUUAGAGAAUCCAGCCCUGAAGAAUAUCCCACCUUAUUGCAUUUCGCCGCCAGAUGGGGCUUAAAUCGUUUGUGCAUGCAAUUGAUGGAGUGUCCGGGUGGUGAUACUGCCUGUGGCAUUCGUAAUUGUGCUGGUAAGACACCCAGCGAAUUGGCCGAUAUGGAGGGUCAUCAUAAGUUGGCGCGCAACAUCAUGAGUUUUUCGGAAUUCCAUGAACUAACUACCAUGUAUCAUUAUUUCAAGGGCAUAAGUGGAGAAUCGAAGAAUAAUCACAAUACUACAGGCAGUGGUAAAUCAACAGCCAACAAAGUUGUCAUAGAAGCAGUUAAAUCACACCCCACUUCACCCAAACAGAAACAACCCAAAUCCCCAAAAUCUCCCAAAAAUCGUCAAAUGGUGGAGGGUCAAACGCAGGCUGAAUACAUGGAAAUGUCUAGUGGUUCGGAUCGUGAGAAUUCACCUGAAAACAAAAACAAAGGCGAAACUUUGGCCGUGUCCAAUUUGAACUACAUAAGUGUCGAAACUGAAGAGGAGAAUUUACAGGGUUCCUCGGCAGAUGUUUGCAAGAAUUUCGAUAGUAAUAAGGUCAUAACCACCGGCGAAAUAACCAGCAAUGAAUUGAGAAUCAGUGAACCACCCUACUAUGCCUCUAAGGAACAAAAUAAGGCUAGUAAAGAUGUCACCGAUGCGCCCAUUUAUCAGACAGAUAAAUUUAGUCAGGAAUGCUCACAAGUAUUGGAGAAUUGCACCAGCACUGCUGCGAAUAAUGAUUAUGUUAUGCAGCCUUCCAAUGUACCGGUGCCGCCAGCUCAAACUCAACUGCCCAAGCAGCAAACAGCACAACCUUUAUCACCCAUCAAUACCGAUGAUGGCAACUAUUUGUUCCAACCCUCCAAUCGUCCCGUAGAAGAGGAACAUUUACACCAAUCCCGUCUGAGUCUAAAUCGCAUGGGCUCCUCACAACGCUUGGCUCACCAGCCCACCUAUGGCACGUUGAAACGUUCAGCCUCGGAUGCCUCCAGUUCGGCGAGAUCCAAUGUUGAUGAUGAAUUGGCCGAGAUAAUGCAUGAUUUCAAAAAUAAUGUCUUAUCAAUACGUGAAGUAGAGGUUUUGGUGGAGAAAUGGAAACAUCGUAAUGAUGUACAACAAAGUUUCCGUGAGAAACAAGAACAACUUGAUCAGAUGAGAAGAGAAUAUGAACGUAUACAGGAUCAGGUUAGAACUCAUCUGAAGAGAGAUACACCCUUUGAUAAGUUUAAGAAAUUAUUCUCCAGACACAAGUCCACCUCCAAUUUACAUCAUGAAAAAUCAUGUGUGGAUAGUGUGUUAGAUGAAACCAAAUCAUCCAUUACCACCUCCUCUAGUUUCAAGUCAUCAGCUAGACCCAUAAGCUCUUUGAGUUUACAAUCGGUUUCUUCAUCAUCCUCUUCGGGACGUUUAAGUACGGGCAGCAAUUGUAGCGGCACUUCGUUGGGUGAUUCCGGCACUCAUUCAGAUCAUGAGGAAAGACGUUUUGGUUGUCGUUUAGGUUCACCAGGAUCAUUGAUGGACAACUAUUUAGUACCCCCACCACCCAGACCCAUCUUCACACCCAAUUCUACACCCGGCGAUGAAAGACAUCAAAUUACUUUCCCCUCACCCAUGUCUUCGUGUACAAGACUCAACACUCCCACUAGUCCCACCAGCUCGGAACACUAUCAAAUGUUUCCCUCUAAUAUACCCGUGUAUAACAGUCAGAAUUUAUCCUCCUCCAAUAGCAACAAUUAUUUGAACACCAUUAUGGAAGCUAAACAGGAACAAGAGCACAAUUAUCAAAAUGGUGUUACUUUGCAGACAAUUAAAUUGAAUGAAAGAUCCAAUAUCAUCUAUGGAAAGCUAACAAAGGCAACACCAAAUUGUUCAUCUUUUAAGCCCAAACAGGCACCCUUGGCUCAAGCACAAGUAGCUAGUGUAGAGACCCAGGCGGAAGUUUAUCAAAAUGUGGGCAGUAAUUUAGAGGCAGCAGCUGUUAAAUUAGAGGAAGAGAAAAGGGAAGAACAGGAAGUGGCAGCAGGAGGCGAUGAUCACAAUUAUAUGAAUUGUUAGAGAGAAAGAGAGAGAAGAAGAGAGUUAAAAUAAGUGUAUGUAUGUGGUAAACAGAAGCUAUUGCUCUAAAUCCACAUUAAGUCAGAGCCUGAUAGAGUAAGAGACAGUUAUCGACAGUUUGCUUUAUAUUACAACAACUAAAACCGAAUUUCUUGUUAAUAUAGAAAAUGUUAUCAUUUUUAAAGGCGACUCUCUCUUUAAUAAAUUAGAGUUUUAUUUAAAAUAUUAAUAAUUGUUAAGCAUUUGUUUAACCUAAAAUUAGCUCUAAAAGAGUUUAUUUUUUUUUUUAAGUUUUACAAAAGCAGCAUAGUUUUUAAAAGUGAAAAAAUGAUCUUUUUUAGUAUUUUAAAUAUGUUUUUUUAUUAUUAAAUAAAUAUUUUAAUUAUUAAUAAUUUUUUUAAUAAAAAAAAUCAACACAAAAUGAGUAGAUGCUAGUUAAAAAAAAAGUUUUUAAAGUUUCAAUAAUAAAAAAUUUUAAGACUGUAGUUAUAAAAAUAAUAUAUUUUAAAAACAAAUAUAUAAGUUUAAAUGUAAAUUUUUGUUUUUUAUUAUUAUAUUUUUAAUAACUUUUUAUGCAAAACGGCACACAACCAAACAUAUAUUAAACAUAUCAUUGAUUAAUUUUUACAUAAAUUUAUUAAAUCAUUAUUGAAUUUGUUUUUUUUUAUCUCAACAAAAAGCAAACGAACAAACCAACGAAUUAUUUAAUUUCUUAAGGUUUUUAUAUUGAAUGAAAGAAAUUAUUUAACGAUUUUUUUGCAAAUUACUAUUGCAUGCUGUAUUCAUUACUUUGUAUUAUAAUUUUUCGUAUUUUUAUUAUAUUUUUCUUUUAAGGUUUUUAUAUUUAAGCAAAUGAAUUCUUUAAAGAAUUAAAAAAUAUAUAAAAAAAUUAAACAUUUAUAUUAAACAAACAAAUAAAUCUAGUUUUAUAUAUUAAAUUUUAAAUUUAUAUGCUCAAACGUAUUAUCAUUUAUAUGUAAAAUAUU